AUGUUGAAUGUUGAUCUUUCAAGUAAAAGCGGAAGAGGGAACUGGUCAAUUAUAAGAGGAAGAGUGACGAAGGUCGAGAUUUGUUGUCCAAAAGAGCAGAAAAUACCAUGGAAAAGAUUCUUUAAAUGUGAGUAAUUGUUUAAUUUGAUAAAACUUGCUUUGGUUUUUAGUUUUAAACGAAUUUUGGGUAGAUUAAAUUCACAUUUUGCUGUUGGCAUAUGCUUGAUAGCGACUCUAAAUUAUUGAUAAUUUGUGAGUUUCUUUGAAAGAAAUAAAUACUUAUAGCUUUGUUUGUAGUAUAAGAGCAAUCUGUUCCGUUUAAAGGAACUUGACAUUGUCUUAUUAGUUUUUGGUUUAUAGAUUUUAAGUUCCUAUAUAUUUAUUUGCUAGCCAUUUCUUGACGGUACGCGUGCUGGUUUGAUGAGGUAUAUUGUUUUAUGUUUAUUUAAUACUAAAUUGAACAAAUAAUGGUCAACUGGUCAAAAAAUUCUGAGCAUGUGAGAUCACUGUAUCCUACCAAUCAAAAUUUGUAUGAAAUGAAAUCUAAUAUUACACAACACUUUCCUAAAUGCUUUAGUAACCCAUUAAGUGUCGGCACUUUCCCCUUGACAAGUAAAAUUGCCUGCUGUUAGACAGAAUAAUUAAAAUACUGUAAUAAAGUAGAACCAUAUUAGGACACAUAAUGAGACAAUGUUGGUUAAAUGCACGAAUAGUCACAGAUAAAACAUUUUCUGUGAAAAGGGAAUCUGUGUUUGAUGAGUAAAACCUCUUUGAAGUUCAGCUUAUAUUUCGAGCAACUCGAAUAUGAAACCAUAGCUUCGUUGAUGAACUUAAUUUGAAUAUGGAUGGUCUUUCAUAAUUUAAGUUGGCAAUGUUCAAGUAUUACAUUUCCUCUUUGUACUUGUGUUAUGAUGUUGAGGAUCCUCGUAGUUAUAAUCAGUCAAUCAAUAUUUAUUUGCAUUUACAGAAAAAUAACCACACACAAUAUUUUACAGAAGAAAAAAAGUACAGUAAUCCGAAGUAACCUUUAAUGGCUAGUCGAGUCGGGUGACCUUAACUGAAAUAAUUCACUGAGAUGUUAAGACAGCAUGUUAAUUUAUAAACUAUAUUAUAAAGUAUAAUUAAGACCAUGCAUUUAAUAUGAAAUUAGUAUAUACACUAAUUAGAACAUGCUUACGUUUUCAUUUACAAGAAUAAAUACUGAGUGCUUUAAUUGAGGGGCGUCAUGAAAACUACUGGGUAACCAGUAGUGGUGUUUUAACCCAUGAUGUAAAUAAAGAAUAUUAACUUUGAAAACUAUAUGUCCUAUGUAUAAUUCUGUUUGUAGUCUUACAACGCCAUUAUUGUGCUGUAUGUACUAUAGGAACUGUUAGUACUGUUCUAUGUAAAGUCCGUAAUUUUGAACUCAGUGCUACAGUUGUAAAAUAUGAUUAGAUAUAUAUUAUACUGAAUUUUUAACACUUCUGGUUUGCUAUGCUUGUAAAUGAACACAGGCUAGAGAUUCAAUUCAAGAAAGUUCGGAAGGUGCGAAAUAUUAGUAAUAUAUUUCAAUGGUCGGGUCCCGACCAUUGAAAUGUAGGCCUGUGCAGAACGUAUGCGCAGAACAGACUUUACAUGGUCUUUAAUGCGUGUACUGUAAGUUGUAAUUUAUUUAUUCGGGCCUGCAGUAAUUGGCAAUUGCGAAUGUAAAAUGUACAAGGCAAAUUGAAUAUUAAAUAUUUUUCAGGCAAUUAAUUAAAGAAAAUGCUAUCUUUUUAAUUUAGCAAAGCAGCUUGAGACAUUUGCAAUGUCUGUGACAAGCCGUGAGGUGGACCGUCCCGGCUCGCCAAAUGGCGGCGACAUCUGUUGCACUGAAGAAGAACUGUUUGAGAGUUUCAUGGCAAUUGUAAAUGAUCCAGAGCUCCAAGGACUGGCCAAUAAUGAAGAAGGGACUGAGGCUAACGCCAGUCAAAACAGCAAUGCUCUAAAGAAUGGUGAAUCUGAUGAUACCAGUGAGGAAAAAGCACUUACCAAUGAAGGAAAAGAAAAUGAACAAAAUGCAUGCAGCUCGAUUACAACUGAUCCUAUGUCUGCAAAAAAUCUGGACCAAGUUGAAACAGUUGAAAGUAACAGUACUUUGAACCACGACCAAGUGAAUCUGCAAGAAAGUUCGUAUAAUCACACAAAUGAUACUGCAACUCAGAAUGGUUUGAAUGACUUGAACAACCAUGUACAGCUAUCGGAUUCUGUUGGCGAAAAUUUGUCGAACAUGAAAAAUGAAAGUGAGCUGGAUUCACAAAACAGUGAGGAAGGUGUGAGUCAGGGUGAUUUAGGGAUUUCUGACACAAAGCAGGAAAAUAUAAGCCAGACUGACGAGGAUCGCAAUUUGCAACCAAAUCAGAACAGCAAAAUUGAAUCGGUCGUUUCUGCUCAGGAAAACUUAGAAAAUGCUUGGAAUUGUGACCCCAAGCAAACCGAUCAAAAUAGACCAGCGCAACUAGAUUCACACAUGCAAGAAAUGAACCAGAACGAUGCUGAGCUGGCAGGCUUGACGUCAACUCAACAAUCAGCCAACCAGAGCAAACCAGAGGUGGUCAGCUCAAUUUUACUCCGACAACCAACCAGUCCCAGAAAACCCAAGGACUCUGCACCAGUUCAACAGCCAGCCAUUCAAGGUAAAGCAGAAAUAGACUCUGCACCAGUUCAACAGCCAGCCAUUCACAGUAACACAGAGGUAGUUAGUUCAAUUUUACUGCGACUGCCAACCAGUCCAAAACGAACAGAGAGUGCCAGUGCAACGUUAUUUGAAAAACCAACCAAUGAAAGUGAAGGGAUCUGCUCAACCAAUCAGGGUGAAGUAGGAACCAGCUUGACCAAUCAGAGUGAAGGAGAGGGAGUUGGCUCAACCAAUCAGAGUGAAGAAAUUGACUCAACCAAUGAAGGUGAAUUAGGAACCAGCUUAUCUAAUCAGAGUGAAGGAAAGGAAGUCAGCUUGACCAAUCAAAGUGAAGGAGAGGGAGUCAGCUUGACCAAUCAGAGUGAAGGAGAGGGAGUCAGCUUGACCAAUCAGAGUGAAGGAGAGGAAGUCAGCUUGACCAAUCAGAGUGAAUUACAGAUCAUUGAGAACAGUAUUGAAGAAGGAAUCAGAAAAGCAAAUCAAGUUUGUGAAGAACUGAACGCAUUAACACAACGAUUGUCCCGAUCCAGUGAUGAACUUUUGGGGGACAAUGAUUCUGACAAAACUGAGCAAACUAGUUUGGCAACUGCGCCAGGAGUUGUCAGUGAUGGAGAAUUAUCUCAGAAUAAUAACAUUUUGACGUCUAAACAAGACUCUGAUUCCAAAGAUGAAAGCAAUACAAAUCAUGAGAGCCAAUCAGAUGAUACGAGUCAAGGGGGUGAUGAUAGAAUUGAAUCAACUUUUGAAAGACCCAGCUCUCUACCCACGUUAGUUGUGACCAGUCAGGCAAAUUCUCCACCACCCAUUUCUCCCAAGCCUAAACCUCCUAAGAGGACCACCCCUUCCAUGGGCAUCCCAUCACCCUCCAUAGAGUCAAGCGCAUCCCCUCUGGGUAUCUCCCCCACCCACAUAACACAUCUCAAAGGCGAACCCAUUGACCGGAAACCCAGCGUGUCAGAUUCCUUGGAUUCAAGUGAAGGGUCUCUCUCUGGCGAUGCGAAAAGCCUGGGGGCCUCUCCCACUGACCGGGGGCCAUUCAACUGGGACAUCUUGAAUACUGCCUUAGGGGAUGAUACAGACGAUGAUGAACAUGUCUACCAAACCAGUGGAAACUUUGGUGGGUUUGGGUUAGUCCUUGAUGACGACUCACCAGACACUGUAGCUGCCGAUGAGUCACCAGACAUCGUAACUGUUGAUGACUCGCCAGACACCUUGACUGCUGAACAACUUCGCUAUCGAUCAGUGUCUCAAUCUUCAACAUUCUCUGAAGUAGAGUUCCAGGAGGAAUACAAGAAAAAGCAUAGUACUGGAUCUUUGGAAAGAAAUAUUGGUAAACUGAUUUUUUCACCUUCAAUACUGAUUUAUGCUAGCUAGAAGUCUUUCAAUUUGAAAGUAAAAUCCAGCUCUCUGGAAAGUCCUUGAAAAUUAGCGCAGAUACUUGGUUCCUUGAAAGUCAUGGAAUGCCAUUUCAGUUCAAACAUUUUCCAGUGCAUGGUCUUGAAUUUACCAAAAAAUAGUGCAUGAAAGUCCUGGGAAUGAUCUUGAAUUUUAUCGUCACUUAAAGAUGACAGCUCUGUACUUAGAACAAAUAUUCCCUCAAGAUCAUAUACGCGCUCAAAUUCUGUCGUGUGGACGAGCCACGCAAAUAGUUUGUCUCGACGACUUGACUCAUGAUAUUCCGUUUUAUAUCCCAAACGUUUGUCUAUGGGGAAUAAAUUGAGCAACAUGCAGAUUUAUACGUUUUGAUAAUUAUCAUGUUUCUUUAGAUGGUGUGUUAUGUUCUGGGUAUUUAUUCAAGAUGGGUGGAACAGGAAUCACGCCCAAAAACUGGCGUAAGAGAUGGUAAGACUUUGGGGUACUAUCAAUUUUUUUAGAACCGCUGUGUAUUUUAACAAAAUACAAAACAAGUGUAACUCAAAAGAUCGGUAGCAUUUUUAUUUUUAUCAUUUUUAUUUUUGAUAAUAUAAAAAUGUUAUCGAUCUUUGGAGUUGCACUUGUUUUGUACUUUGGGAGGGUCCUGAAGGUGUAAAAUGGGAACUGGGAUUGAUCUAUUUUUAGACUGGGAAAAUGGGAUUUGGGUUGCUGGGACUGGGAUUUGGCCACUGGGAAUGGGAAAUGAAGUCCUCAAAAAUGGGAAUGGGAUUGAGGUAAUGCGAGUCGAUUCCCAAUUUUUCUACGUUUUAAGUAUUUUAAAAUACAAUUUUGAUCCGUUUUUGGUGUCUUUGGUCAUGAGUUUUGUUGUUAACUAUAUUAUUCACAGCACUACCUGCAAACAGGCAUACUCUGGCGCUCGGAAUUCUGGGUUUUCUGAUUAUGCGUGUCUCAGAAUGCUGCAAAUGUCAUUUCCGGGAUUCAAAUUUAAAAAUUUUCCGUGCCUUCGGCACAAGCCCCCCAAAUUUUAUAAAGUGUGCGCCACUUGCACACACGGUGGCUUAAAAGUCUUAAAACUGUUUAUUGUACCGAUAAAUAAAGGGGUUUUUAUUGACUGGGAUUUCAAUAACUCGGACUGGGAUUUCUAAUAAAAAUCCAACUGGGACUGGGAUUUUGCAAAAAUUUCAGGUGGGAAAUGGGAUUGGGACCCCCCCUUCAGGACCCUCCUUUGGAGUACUAUUUUUACACUGUUAUUUCAAACUCAAUAAUUCAUGUUAAAGUAGCCAACCAUAUUGGCCUAUUGCUUUAUUUUGCUCACAUGAUAAUACUGGAUACCUGGGGAAGUAUAUUGAAACAAUCCUAGGACUGGAUCAAAAUUAAUUCACCUCACUUUAAGUAUAGUGAUUUGUUCGUAUGAGAUGUCAUUUCAAAUCCUCCAAUCCGGACUGGACUAGAUUUGCGCACACUUGAAAUGGUUGUUUUGUUGUUUUUAGUCUCUAUGGUUUAAUUGUUAUUUGUGUUAUUGAUAUUUGUUUCUUAACGUUUUGGGCCCGCAGUAAUUGGUUUCAGGCUGUUGCGGAUACCCAACCAUCAACUCAGUUUAUGUCAUUGUGUUAUGUAUGUAUAUGUGUGUAUGUAUGUAUGUGUGUGUAUGUUUCUGUACAGUAGUGAUGGAAAAGCAAUUAAAUUAAAAAAAAUUAAAAAUUAAAUCUAAUCCAGUCCUCAAAGUCGAAAUAUUAUGUAAUUGCUUUACCGUAAUUCAGCUACCUGCAAUUACACCACAUUUCUAAAUGCUCAUUUUAAUACCACAUUCAUCAGCUAUACUCUAAAAUGUUUCUACUGCUUUAGGUGUGUUUUGAGGCACGAUCGUUGUCUAUACUACUAUAAGAGUGCCAGGGUACGUAUGAUCAAACUUUCAUUUCAAUGAUAUAUGAUUCAUCUUCAUCUUACGUAUUUAUAUAUCGUUUAAAUUUUCAGGACAAGAUACCGUGUGGUAUAGUUGUUCUUGCGAACUACCUUGUGAGUCACAGCUCGGAAUGUAACAAGAAAAACUGUAUUAAGAUCAGUAAGGGAGGCGGAAGAACUUACUUCUUCUCUUCAGAUACGCCUAGAGAUAUGUUGAGGUAAGAGAUAUAUGCUCGUUAUUUGACCUGCGUUUCAACACUGCUCAACAAUUGUUCCUGAUAUAAAAAUAUUGCGUUGUUUCAGAUGGAUGGAAGCUCUCCGCAAAGCAGCAGAAAAUACUGAAGGCGAGGUAACUGUCAAAUCUACAUCUCUUGUAGUUUAUCUCAUCUCUUGUUGUUUUCCUCAAAAAAUCAAUUCUCUUUCUUCAGACAAGUUUUGUAAUCCGCAAAGAAAUCAUCCAUAACGUCGCCAUUCCCGCGCUUUCGAUCAAGAAACCUGAUUGCCAUGGUUACCUGACGAAACAGGGUGCGAGAAGUACACGUUCUUGGAAACGUCGUUACUGUGUGCUCAAGAACGGUUGCCUUUACUACUAUCGCGAGAUGGCAGACACGACAGCACUUGGGGUUGCUAAACUUCAUGGCUACACGGUGGAUGAAGUAUCAGUAACUGGACGGCGAAACGGAUUUCGGUGCGUGCCACCUCACUCUGGAAUGAGGAUGUUCACAUUUAUUGCCGAUAAUGAAUAUGAUAAGAAAAGGUAAGCGGUCCUAAUGAGCACUAAUUAACACUAAUUUAUUAAUUAGAAAGCCUUUUAAGACUGGAAGGAAUAGACCUAUUAACGCCCAUUCCCACGCAAUUCACAUUUAGUCAGAAAACUCACAUGCCUAGUUACCACUGUUCUGAUAAUGUAAGCAUUAGAAUGGAACAAAGGUAACCAAGCAUUAAAUUAUAUAUGUGAGUGAAUUGAUAACUCACAUGCCUAGUUACCACAGUUCUGAUAAUGUAAGCAUUAGAAUGGAACAAAGUUAACUAAGUAUUUAAAUUAUAUAUGUGAGUAAACUGGGUGAUCUAUAUAUGCUUUAACAUUUUUUUUUCUUAAUUUGUUUUUCACCAUUGUUUAACUUUUGUUAGAUGGAUUCCAUGUUUCAGAGAGUCAAUCCGCGCCAACACCUCCGACGAUAAUUAA